AUAACUGUCAAUUGCAAUUGUUUUUUUUUAACCGAAUUGAACAAAAAAAGUAGAAUGAUGCUUUGUGCUGGAAAUAAACGUUAAAAAUCGGAAGUAAAAUUUGGGGCCCACAGAUAUCGACCCACACACAAAACCGAAGCCGAAAGAAAAGACAAACAAAGGGAGCGGAAACCCAGGGGAAUCCCAGUUGUUUAUGUGACCCACAAGGCGAGGACGCCAUCGCCAUGGAGGACUACGAUGCGGAGGAUUACGACCUUAACUUCGUGCAACUGAGUCGCCAGCAGGUGCUCCAGAGGUAUUCGGGUGCAGUGCGUCAGCUGCGCCGUUUGGCCGAUCAGCGAUAUGCGGUACGAUCCCUCAGCUUUGACAACUAUGUGCUGUUCCAGUAUUUCCGGCAGCGGGAUUGGCAUACGGGCGUCACGCCCACCAUGCCACGCCCCCUGAUGGCGUACCUCAAGCUGGAGGUACUACACCAUCUCCUUGAUCGUCGACGGCAGAUUCUGUGCUGGCUUUUUUACCUGACGCUCGUGUCGCUGUGCGUGGCCGCCUAUCGCUACGAAACGACCAGCUCCACCGGCGGCCAUCAGCAGCGGGUGGUCCAGGCGAUGAUCUACCCGGGGAUGCGCAUGUGGCGACGGAUGACCAUGCCUCUGAUCCAACGAUUCCCACAGCUCACGGAGCUCUACGAUGAGUCUUGCCUGAUGGGCAAUCCCUUCUUUCAGCUGGAGGAUCUCAGCUGCGGGCCGUGUGCCGAUGUUGAGAGCGUGUGGCUGGAGAGCGAGGAGUGCGGCGCUGGUGACCAGUCGGAGGUGUUCAGCCAGAACCACAAGUGCCAUCAGCCAGAGGGCGCGCCCUUCGCCUUUCGCGGCCAGCAGCAGGAGGCCAUCGAGCUGAGCCACUUCUACAACAUCUAUGUCAGCAAUCAUCAGAUCUUCCAGCGCGACGCCUACCGGGUGCACUCAACCAACCAGGAUGUGCACAAUCUGGAGGAUCUGUUUGGCCAAUUCAACAGCAGCAGCGGCUGGACCCAGCAGGCCCACAAUCUUUGGCGCUGCAAUCGAAUGCUGCCGGCGCGUUUGCUCCGCCCGAUUUUUGCUCGCCCCACGCGUUUGCCCAGCAUGGGCGUGGCACUGGAGCGCUAUGUGGCCAUCGAUACUGCCCAGGCCCCGGCCUACACACUGCCGGAGACCGAGUGCCCCAAUGUGUACGUCCACCAGGCGGUGGGGACGCGGUUCAUCAUCCUGCGACCCACCAGUGAGUGCCGGCACCGCUGUCGCACCUUGUCCCUGCGACUGACCCAGUCCUUUGUGCUCAGUUACAAUUGGUUGUACUGGAAACCGAUCUCUGCGCCGGAUCCCAUCUCGGAAUCGCUGUCCAUCAGCCUGAUUGGCUCCUACUGCUAGAGGAUCCAGAUCCGAAUCGAGAUCCUUAUCCUGUUUACCCCUUCCCUCGCUCCUAGCUUUAAGCGUCAUAUAUAUAUACAUAUACACACACAGCCACGACUUUUACCAAGCCAAAAUUAAUUUACGAAUUUUGCCUUUUCCAUUGGAUAAGCAAGCAAAACAAAAAAUUAAGAAAGAAAGAAUGGAAAAAGAAGGUUGCUUAAAGCUGCCUUUCUUUUCAAUAUUUGAAGACCCUUAGGCCACCGGCUCAAUUCGUCGCCCUGUGUAAUCCUCAAACCCUAGAUCUUAAGCCUAUGUUUAGUUAAACAGUUAACAAGCUCCUGGCCGCUGCGCUUCAUCCUUGUGUUCGUCGUUUUAACCAUUUUGCAUUUAAAACUCUUGGCUCUAAGUUCUGUUCACACCAAACUAGCGAAGUAAACGGAAACAAAACGAAUUUGUAAAUAUCCAUUGCCAGACCUGAGUAUGACUUUGUGUUUUUGCAACGACUCACGAAAUAAAAGAUACCUAAUAUACACUA